AUGUCGUCUACACCCGCAGAAAAUGAUACCCCAAGUGGCGAUGCCCUCGAUAUUUUGUCGUUGAACUACCACGCCGACAUUGAACUCGUUGAGGACCCCAAGAUCUUCCGCGGCAACAAUACCAGUCCGAGCAAAAUGGAUAGCCGACGCGUCAUAUUCUACAAUCUCCCGCCGUCCGUCACUGCUUUGCUGGUGGCGCGCGCAGCAGCCGCCUUUGGCCAAGUACUUCGGGUAGAGGCCGUGGCACCCUUGGCUCCGGGGCUCGGCACCACGGUCAUAGUUGAGUUUAUGACAUCGAAUUCGGCCACCAUGUGCCAAUUGGCAAUUAAUUCGACCUGCCCGACAUUCUGUUCCCAAGAUGGCCAGCUAUACGUGGCCGGCGUUUGGGUUGUGCCUACCCCGUCAUUCCCCAUUGGCAGAGAAACCAACGCAAGCGUGAACAGAGGCUGUACACGAACUGUUGCCAUGUUCCCCAUCUCAAAGGAAUGCGUAUGGUUCAUGAUUCAAGCCGUCGCACCGCAACACGACAUCUUGGACGCCGAAUACAGCGAUGCAGCCAGAAGACUCACUGUCGAGUUUGCGCGCGUCGAUGCGGCGCACCGCACUAUGACGCAAUUGAAUCACGGCAUCUUUGACUUUGUAUUCGGCGAAGAGGCCUGCCAGAGGGAGGCUAUUCCACGUGAAGAUAGCGUUGAGUACGGCGGGUACGUUCCGUACUUGCCUCGAAACUACUUGCAUCAGCGAUUCGAGCGCGCGCCGUUCAAUGAGUACUGGCCGCAUCGAUACUACUAUGUAAUGACACUGCGCAAUCUCCAUCCUCGAAGAAAUUACAACAAGCGAGAUACUUCCUCGUCGGAUGCAACCGCUACUGACGAUGACUCGCACGACGCCGCGUCAAGUACUGAGACAAGCUCGUACGACGAGCCUCGCGGGAGGCCACCCGUUCAAGGCCAUGUCUCCAGGUAUGUCUGUACCGUAUUUCCCCAAUUUCCAGCACUCACAAGGUCUCUUCGCUCCAGGAGGCAGAAACAAGAGAAAAAGGAGCUCCUCGCCAGUGUCGACGAGUCCCAGCUGGCGGGCAGCUGGGACCAAUACUUUGAGAACCGCCACACUAUCAGCCUUCGAGGAUGGGACGAGUACGGCAAGAUUGCGCGGCAUCGACGCGAGCUUUGCGCCAAACAAGCCUUGGCCGAAGGCAUCAUCCCCAAGUGCGGAGGGCACUGUCCGCUGGACUGCAGAGAUAUUAAGGAAACACCCCGUCCCGAGGAAGUCGACAGGUUCCUGGCCGCGCCACAGGAGGAUUUGCUGAUUGCUCUGUGA